CCUCUGAUUGGACGGAGUCAAGUUUUGCUGGCGGGGCCCGCGCCCUGCAGCGCCGGUCAGUCGGACCCUCCAGGACCGGACAGUUCGGGCGGCUCGGCUGGUCUUCCCAGGAGCGUGAGGGACCUGCUGCUCGCGACCUCUCAGGGUCAGCGUCCAGGCGGGCGGCGAUGAUCCUCGAGGAGAGGCCAGAUGACCCGGGCGCCGGCGAGGACGGCGCCCGGCUGCAGGACGACAGCAGCAUCCGUAAGGGCUGUGACUCCUUAAAUCAGAACCAGCCCAGCCAGCUGCAGAGCCACAGGGCUCGGCUCCACCAGCAGAUCAGCAAGGAGCUGCGGAUGCGGACAGGUGCGGAAAACCUCUACAGAGCCACCAGCAACACCUGGGUCCGAGAGACAGUCGCCUUGGAGCUGAGCUAUGUCAACUCCAACCUGCAGCUGCUGAAGGAGGAACUGGCAGAGCUGAGCAGCAGCGUGGAUGUGGACCAGCCAGAGGGUGAAAGUGUUACCAUUCCCAUGAUCCCCUUGGGCCUGAAGGAAACCAAGGAGUUGGACUGGGCCACACCCCUGAAGGAGCUGAUCUCGGAGCACUUUGGAGAGGACGGCACUUCCUAUGAGACAGAGAUCCAGGAGCUAGAGGACCUACGGCAGGCCACGAGGACUCCCAGCAGGGAUGAGGUAGGCCUGGAUCUGCUGGCAGCCUACUAUAGCCAGCUCUGUUUCCUGGAUGCACGUUUCUUCAGCCCUGCCAGGAGCCCAAGGCUGCUUCUCUUCCACUGGUACGACUCGCUCACGGGGGUCCCGGCACAGCAGCGGGCCCUGGCCUUCGAGAAGGGCAGUGUACUGUUUAACAUUGGGGCACUCCACACGCAGAUCGGAGCGCGGCAGGACUGUUCCUGCACCGAGGGCACCAGCCAUGCCACUGAGGCUUUCCAGAGGGCUGCUGGGGCCUUCAGACUCCUGAGGGAGAACUUCUCCCAUGCACCGAGCCCGGACAUGAGCGCCGCAUCUCUCUCCAUGCUGGAGCAGCUCAUGGUGGCGCAGGCACAGGAGUGCAUCUUCAGGGGCCUUUUGCUGACAGCCUCCGACACACCUAACAACUGUCCAGCUCAGCUGCAGUUGGCUCAGGAAGCUGCCCAGGUGGCAGCUGAGUAUGGGCUUGUGCACCGGGCCAUGGCCCAGCCGCCUGUCCGAGACUACCUGCCCGCCUCCUGGACCAACCUGGCACAUGUCAAGGCUGAGCACUUCCAUGCCCUGGCCCACUACCACGCAGCCAUGGCCCUCUGCGAAGGCUCCUCAGCAGACGAGGAUGAACUCUCAAAGCAGAAGCAUGCCUUCCAGCCCUCAACUACCUGUGAGCCCCAAGGUCCCACACUGCCACAGCACCCAGAAGAGCGCAGGAAGCUUGCCAAGGCCCACCUGAAGCGUGCCAUCCUGGGCCAGGAGGAGGCGCUGCGGCUGCACACCUUGUGCCGGGUCCUGCGGAAGAUGGACCUGCUCCAGGUGGUGGUGAAUCAGGCACUGCGGUGCUCGCUGGCCAAGUACUCGGAGCUCGAGCGGGAAGAUGACUUCUUCGAAGCUGUGGAGGCCCCUGACAUCCAGCCCAAGACCCACCAAGCACCAGAGGUGAGAGUGCCCAGCCUGUCCCAGAUGAAGGUGACGGACUUCUUCCAUCGGCUGGGCCCCCUGUCUGUGUUCUCAACCAAGAAUCGGUGGCGGUUGGUAGGGCCGGUGCACAUGACUCCGGGAGAGGGCGGCUUUGGUUUCACACUUCGGGGAGACUCACCUGUCCUCAUCGCUGCUGUUGCUCCUGGGGGUCAGGCUGAGUCCGCUGGCUUGAAGGAGGGUGACUACAUCGUGUCCGUGAACGGGAAGCCUUGCAAGCGGUGGAAACACGUGGAGGUGGUGGAGCAGCUGAGGGGCGUGGGCGAGGAAGGCGUGAGCCUGCAGGUCGUGUCCAUGCUGCCCAGCCCUGAGCCACGUAGCAUGGGGCCCCGACGACCAGCACUGCUGUGGAGCCAGAGAGAGACACCAAUGCCAGCACGUGUCCGCCCCUGGCCCAUCCUUGGCUGGAGCCGUAAGACCAAACAAAGCAAGACUGGGAGCCACCCUGACCCCUGCACCAACAGGAACUGCGUCACCUGUCCCUGAGCUGGACACUCUGUUCCCAGGGUGGCUGUGGAGGCCAUCUUCCUGUGUGCAUCACCCUAUGACCAGCUCCAGCUAGCCAGGUGUACCUAAUGCAUUCUGUCCUCUGCUCCGGGGUGCCAUCAGGCUACCCCCACCUUCCUUAGAGCUAGAGAUGUCUAUUAAAAAUGCCAGUCCGAUGAGAUGAGGCUGAGCCCAGUGCUGAGACCAUGGCCACUUUAUCCACACCAGGGAUAUGGCCCAGUCCACUCCAGACACAGUGCUCAUACAGCUACACCUCUGUGGAGGGCAUCAGGGAUGGUGCUGUUCUCCUGAAACAGACCACCAUGCCCUAUCGCCUCUGCUGCUGCGUGACUCUCUCCUCAAGUCAAGUUGCUCCGGGCACGUACCCUCGGGGCCCUACCCUGAAUAGCAAGGUUCUGCCUGAUGUGUAGUGGCCCUUCUGGUCACCUCGCACUGACCUCCCCUUCCCUGCUGGUCAGUCUCUGUCCGUGUAAGGUCCCAGCGAAAGCAUUUCAUCUGCAGCCCUCUUAUAGUACCCAGCUUUCAGAGUCCCACCUUCUGCCCAGGAAACACAUCUUCUGGCCACCCUGCUGCCCAGUUCCACCUGCUCUCGUGCAGGCCCUGGCAAGUCCCUUAGAAGAGUGGGCUCAGGACCUGGACUCCAAAGGGACAGGAUGGGAGCACCAUGUGGGAAGCAGUCCUAAACUAUGUAUGGUGAAGCCAUGAAGAUGCUCUCCCUCAAAGGCCCUGGAAGGUUCAGGAUGGAAACAGAAAGACUGCAUGUAUCUUAGUGGUAGAGCACUGUCCAGCGUGCGUGAAGUCCUGGGUUCAAUCUCCAGAACUAGAAAAGACAACAAAACAAAAAGCAGAUGGGGAACUUGUUCCCUGGGACCACCAGGGGGCAGCUGUUGCCCACUCAUGCCGCCCUAGGAGGCUGCCCCUCUUCCAACCCCCAUGAAUCUGAGGAAGGCCCAGGAAAGAGAAGCAGCCAGCUCCAUAGUCAGCAACCCACAGCCUUUCAUCGUUCCUGUGGGGCUCCCAGGUGAGAGGACCCGAUUCUAUGCUCCAGGUCUGGCUCCACAGUCCAGGGUUCUGCUGCACACCACCCCCAGCAGACAUCAGCAUCAGGGUCCAGCUCAGGGGAAUGCAGGGUGGAAGCGUGUGAGUCUGGAAGACCCCAGUACAACUUUCUCCUGAAGUGGCAGAGGCUCCCAGGGGAUCCAGCUGUGUCUCUCCUCAUUCACCUGCCCUCUUGGGACAAUCCCCAAUGCAGCAGAAUGGCCAAGGUCACUCAGGCUCCUCAGGCCUUGUUAAUUGUAUUAAUAAAACUGUGUGUCAAGGA